AUAAUUCGUAACUUCUAAAUUCUUAUUUUUGAAAUAUGAUUAUCUAUAUUGCUGUUGGAUUGAUGGAUUAGAGAAAUGUGGAGUAAAAAGCCUUCAUAAUAUUUACUAUUUAUUGACAAUUCUCAUCUCAAAGUUGUUCAUCUUGAAGCAAUAAAAUGCGCACAUCAUUUAGCAUAUCUGACCUCAGAAGUGCUAAGUUCCUUCAAAGUUUGAACUUGAAUGAAAAGACUCAGUGCCUUACUAUAUAUCGCAAUGGCAAUAAAACAGGUUUUGGAGGAAGCUUACUACAUUUACCUGUAACUUCAUCAAAUGAAAAGGAUAUUGCUUGCACUGACCUGACAGCAUCCGACACUGUAAUGCGAGUGUCAAAUGCUAUCUUUGGUUCGUCCACUAUGCUUCAAUCACCUGGAAAUCAAAUUGUUUCUUUGUCUCAACAUAAAGAUUUGGAUGUAAACCACAGUGAUACUGGACAAAAAUCAUCAAAAGACAGUGGACAAAGAUGGUUUGAUGGACUAUUGCGUUGUUUAAGACCAGUGUGGACUGUUUUGGGAAAAACUACAGCUCAUGAACUAAAAGAAGAUAACUGGGAAAUUCUUUUUGAAAGCAUAAGAGAUCUACAAUUUCUGGGUAGUGGUGCACAAGGAGCUGUAUUUUGUGGAACAUUAGAUAAUGAAUUUGUAGCUGUGAAGAAAGUGCGGGAGAAGAAUGAAACAGACAUAAAACACUUAAAGAAGUUAUCUCAUCCGAAUGUUGUUUCUUUUAAGGGAGUGUGUGUUCAACCACCAUGUUUUUGCAUUGUCAUGGAGUUUUGUCCAUCUGGAACCUUGCACGACUUAUUACGUCGUGGUACUGAAAUUCCACCUAAGAAAGUUAUGGAAUGGUCUAAACAAGUUGCAAAUGGGAUGAAUUAUUUACAUACCCAUAAAAUUAUUCAUCGGGAUUUGAAGUCAGAAAACAUUUUGAUUGGUUAUAAUGAUGUUCUGAAGAUAUCUGAUUUUGGGACUAGUAAGCAGUAUAAUGAUAAAAGUGUUAAAAUGUCAUUUGCUGGGACUGUUGCAUGGAUGGCCCCAGAAGUCAUUAGAAAUGAAGUUUGCUCUGAAAAAGUUGAUAUUUGGUCCUUUGGUGUUGUAUUAUGGGAACUAUUAACAUGUGAAACACCCUAUAAAGGAGUAGACUCUUCAGCAGUUAUAUGGGGUGUUGGAAGUAACAGCCUUCAUUUACCAGUUCCUUCAACUUGUCCUGAUGGUUUUAAAUUACUUCUUAAACAGUGCUGGAGUGGGAAACCAAGAAAUAGGCCUUCUUUUCGCCAUAUCAUGAUGCAUCUUGAUAUUGCUGCUGUAGAAAUUUUAAGCACCCCUGAUGAAGAAUACUUCCAGACACAGGCAACCUGGAAAAAAGAAAUUGGAUCUUAUAUGCAAAAAAUAAAAAAUAAUUCUUGCUAUGGUUUGCAUGCUGAAGAAGAUUUAAUAAAGAAAAGGAAGGAGGAGCUAAAGCAUGCUCAAGACAUACGUGAACACUAUGAAAAAAAGUUGGAACGUGCAAACAGCUUAUAUAAAGAACUCACUACUUGUCUAGUGCAAAUUGAGCAAAGAGAGCAUCAAUUAAUGCAGAGAGAACUAAGCCUGAAGUCUGGAAAUAGUUAUUUGAGAUAUGGGAAAAAAAAUAUUAGGAGAUUUUUGAAACAUGAUCAUUUUAACCGAAAAGGGUCACCAAAACAUGCAGACAAGACUGCUUUUACAAAAAGCUCUGAUGUGGAUUAUUCUGCUUACCAUGGUUCCGCUAAAGCAAGAAUUAGGCGUGCGAAGUCCAGUCGUUCUCCUUGCCAAGAAUUAGAUAAAUUCGAUUAUUCUGUGCCUUUUAAUCUAGAGCAUUCCAAUCUUGAAGCUAGUAAUUUAGGAAGUCAUGUGCGCUCAGUUAGAGAAAAUACUGUUGAAGCUAUAGGACUUCAAAGUGAUGCUUUAUCUAAUAUUCCUGAAUCACCUGUAAAUGCCAUUUCAUCACAUCAAAAUUCUCAUAACCAUCUGUCAAGCUCAAUGGACUUAAACAUAUCUAAGUUACAUUCUUCAAAUCAUAGCCAAAACUCUUUUACUAAAUACAAAAUGCAUGAAAGUGAUGAUGAGAAUGAAUUUAAACAAGAUUUCUCAGAGGUUAUUUCUGAUUAUGAAGUCAUAUCCUAUUCUCAGGGUGAAACUGGGCUUUCCGGUAAAACCUCUGAUGCAGUCAACUCUGACUAUAGAAUCUUCAAAAACAAAAGAAAAUGUCGGCAACAGUUUUGCCGCAUGGGAUCAUUCAGAGGAAAGUUUCUGCUUAAAAAGUUUGGUAGCUCUCAGGAUAUCAGUAGCACUGAUGAAUCUUGUGAUAGUGAGGAAGAAGUCUCAUUUAGGCAAUCACGUUUUAGUUCCUCUACCAGUUCUGAUGGGUGCUAUUCUGAAGAGGAAAAUACUAGUGAACAUUCCAGUGGUCAGUAUACUACUGGUGAACUUUUAUCGAGUUUGUCUAAUCCUGACAUUCCGCUGAGUAUUGAAGUUGAUUCUUCUCAAGACAUUUGUGGUGAAUACCUGAAAAGAGCUUUUUUAUAA